AUGAACGGACACGUAUCUAGUGCGCGCCUUGACGGCAAAAUUGCAAUUGUGACUGGUGCUGGUAGAGGGAUAGGGGCAGGCAUUGCGCGGGAACUGGGGGCCAGAGGGGCCAGCGUGGUUGUCAACUACCGCAGCAGCGCUGAGAUCGCCCAAUCACUGGCAAACGAAAUCAAGGCCGGUGGCAGCGACUCCAUCGCCAUCCAAGGAGAUGUUUCCAAGAUCGAGGACAUCAAGAGUCUGUUCCAACAGACCAAGGCGCACUUCAACCGGGUGGACAUUGUCGUUUCUAACUCUGGCGUCGAGCAUUUUGGCCCUAUCGACCAGGUCACACCGGACGCUUUCGACAAGGUUUUCAACGUCAACACACGCGGCCAGUUCUUCGUUGGCCAAGCCGCCUAUGAGCAUCUGGCGGACAAUGGGCGUCUGAUCCUCACGUCCUCCAUUUCGGCGCACAGCCCUAUCAAGCAGCACGCCCUCUACGCCGGGAGCAAGUGCGCGGUCGAAGCUUUCGCUCGAUGCUUUGCGCCCGAUUUUGGCCCCCGAGGGAUCACGGUCAACUCGAUCGCGCCCGGGGGGGUCAAGACGGACAUGGCCGCUGAUGUGGGAUUCAAGUACAUUCCCACGGCCGACGCGUCAUGGACGGUGGACGAUGUUGAGAAGUUCAUUGCAUCGAGGACACCAAUGGGGCGGAUGGCGUAUCCUGUGGACAUUGCUCGCGUGGUGGGAUUCCUUGCAAGUGAGGAUGCGGGAUGGAUAAGCGGACAAAACUUGACCAUCUCUGGAGGAGUAUCGUGA